AUGGGAAUCAUUCAGCAACCUAUACCAACUACGGUCUCGUACAAGAGAUGGAAAAAUCCUGAAAGGAGUGUGGAGGGUUUUGCAGGUCAGAAAGAUGAGGACCAGUGCACAGACAAUGAGAUCUACACUGUAGGGGUAAAUUUCGGGACCAGAAUUGAUCAAAGAAGUCCAGAAAUAACAAAAACUCAAGAUGCCAUCACAGUGGAUGAUGCCUUGGAUGCCAUUGGCUUUGGAAAGUUCCACUGGAAACUGUCUUUUCUUACUGGGCUGUCUUGGAUUGCAGAUUCCAUGGAGAUGAUGAUCCUCAGCAUCAUUGGACCACAGCUACACUGUGAGUGGAAGUUGCCUGCCUAUCAGGUGGCCCUCAUAACAUCGGUGGUGUUUUUAGGAAUGGGGAUCAGUGCACCCUUAUGGGGGCAAGUAUUAGAUAAAUAUGGCAGAAAAUAUGGUCUGAGACUUAGUAUGUGCUGGAUUCUGUACUACGGACUGCUGACUUCCUUCUCUCCAGUGUAUGGCUGGCUAUUGUUCCUGCGAGGUUUAGUUGGCUUUGGAAUCGGUGGAACUCCUCAGUCGAUGACUCUGUACUCAGAAUUCCUUCCAGUGAAGGCACGGGGCCUGUCCCUCAUGUUGUUACAGGUAUUCUGGUCCGUAGGAGCUGUGUUGGAGGUAAUCCUGGCUCUGUGGAUAAUGCAGACCCUUAACUGGAGGUGGCUACUUGGAAUCUCCACUUUACCAACUGCGAUCUUAUUUGCUUCUCCUUUGAUGAGAGUCUACAACUCCCACCCACCCACAAAGGGACGCCAGUCUGACACAGGUUACUUCCCCAGCCGAGGCCGGUAUCCAUUUACAGCCGGGGGGACUGAGACAAGUACUUGGCUGCCUGAAAGCCCUCGUUUUAACCUGCUGAGGGGGAAAACUGAUAAAGCCCUGGAAACUUUGAGACGCAUUGCCAAAGAGAAUGGCAAGACGUUGCCUCAGCUGAGGCUAAUCACACAAAAACAGGACACUCGUGGAAGAAUUGCCAGUCUCUUUAAUGUUCAGUAUCGCAAGACGACUCUUCUCUUGUUAUACAUAUGGUUUGUAAAUGCCUUCUCCUAUUAUGGGAUAAUCCUUCUGACAACUGAGGUCUUCCAAACUGGAAGCAUGUGUGCUACAGUGAUCACAGGAGCCAAAAUUGAACCAAACUGCAGUCUACAAUGCAAAUAUUUAACCCCAGCUGAUUACAGAGACCUUCUAUGGGUAACUUUUGCUGAAUUUCCAGGAAUUCUUAUAAGCAUUAUUGCAGUCAAUUACAUUGGCCGGAAAAAAGCCAUGGCACUGUCCUUCUUCAUGUUUGCCUUGUUCAUGUUGCCAUUGUAUGCUUGUAUGGGCAGGGUGGGUGUUACAAUCAUCAUCUUUAUUGCCAGAGCCUUCAUCUCUGGAGGAUUUCAAGCUGCAUUUGUUUACACAUCAGAGGUAUUCCCUACAGAUGUUAGAGGUGUGGGAAUGGGGAUUUGUACUGCAAUGUCUCGAAUUGGUGCCCUGAUUACACCAUUUGUUGCACAGGUGCUGCUCAGGACCUCCUGAUUUCCCUUGUCGGUGUACUGUGGCUCUUGCAUCCUGGCUGGUGCUGUAUGUUUUAUCCUAUCCACUGAAACAUUGGGCAGAGGUCUGCAGGAGUCCAGUACACUCCAAGAAACCAGAGAGCAGGUGAUGUCACAACCACCCUUUCAGCAAAAUGACACCAUUGACGGACAUGCCAUCAAAGGACCAAUGGAUCACGACGAUAGAGGACAUAUUCUUAAUGGAAACACAGAUUGAGACUACAGGAACCAAAAAUGGACAAAAAAAAUGGACAUUGUUUAAACAAAUAUAUA